GAGACGUUUAACGACUGACAGUUACCGAACCGAGAGCGCGUUGCAUGCAGCUGUCAAAACUUCUCAGGGACAAAAAUGCAAAACCCUAGAAAACCCAAUCCAGUUUUUUUUUUUAGGACAUAAGUGCCCCUACUGUCUGCUGCCACUGCCAUUUCCACUCUUCUUCUCUCAUUCCCUCUGCUAUUUAUACAGCUUUCCAAUGCCCUAACCCCAACUGCAGAGCAGAGAGGGAGGGAGAGAGAGAAUGGCAAUGGUUGAAAGGAAGCUCUGCUUUCUCUUCUCCUUCUUUUCCUUCCUUUUGCUUUCUGGAUUCUCAUCGGCUGGCAAUGUGACAUACGAUCGGAGGUCUCUCAUCAUCAACGGUCAGCGGAAGCUUCUUAUGUCAGCUUCCAUUCAUUAUCCUCGCAGCGUUCCCGGGAUGUGGCCGGGUCUUGUUGCGACUGCCAAGGAAGGAGGGAUUGAUGUGAUUGAAACAUACGUCUUCUGGAAUGGUCACGAACUUUCUCCUGGCAAUUAUUAUUUUGAUGGGCGCUUCGAUCUCGUCAAAUUUGUAAAGAUUGUUCAGGAAGCUGGGCUUUAUUUGAUCCUGCGAAUUGGUCCAUUUGUUGCAGCUGAGUGGAAUUUCGGUGGGGUACCUGUUUGGCUGCACUAUGUGCCCGGCACAGUCUUCAGAACUGACAACGAACCCUGGAAGAUUCACAUGAAAAACUUCACGACGCUUAUAGUGAGCAUGAUGAAGCAAGAGAAGAUGUUCGCAUCACAGGGAGGGCCUAUUAUAUUGGCUCAGAUAGAAAAUGAAUAUGGAGACAUCGAAAGGGUUUAUGGAGAAGGCGGGAAGCCAUAUGCAAUGUGGGCUGCACAAAUGGCAGUUUCUCAAGAUAUUGGUGUCCCUUGGAUAAUGUGCCAGCAGUAUGAUGCUCCUGAUCCUGUGAUAAAUACCUGUAAUUCAUUUUAUUGUGACCAGUUCACACCCAAUUCCGUCAACAAGCCAAAAAUUUGGACAGAGAAUUGGCCUGGAUGGUUUAAAACUUUUGGGUCCAGAGAUCCUCAUAGGCCGCCUGAAGAUGUUGCUUUUGCUGUCGCUCGGUUUUUCCAGAAAGGCGGUAGUGUUCAUAAUUAUUACAUGUAUCAUGGUGGAACAAAUUUUGGUCGUACUGCAGGGGGGCCAUUCAUUACAACAAGCUAUGAUUAUGAUGCACCGAUUGAUGAAUAUGGGCUCGCAAGGUUACCCAAAUGGGGGCACCUUAAGGAACUACAUAAAGCUAUAAAGCUAUGUGAGCAUGCACUGUUAUAUGGGGAGUCAACUCUUGUGUCCCUUGGUCCUCUACAAGAGGCCAAUAUUUAUAGAGAUCCCUCAGGAGCAUGUGCUGCAUUCAUCGCAAAUAUGGAUGAAGAAAAUGACAAAAUACUGAAAUUUCAAAAUAUAUCUUAUCACGUUCCUGCUUGGUCAGUUAGCAUUCUGCCAGAUUGCAAGAAUGUGGCAUUUAAUACAGCAAAGGUUGGAUCCCAAACUGCUAUUGUAAAAAUGGUACCAGAUAAAGACGGGGCAAAUUUGCAGUGGGAUGUAUUCAUGGAGAAGGCAGGCAUCUGGGGAGAAGCUGACUUUGUUAAGGAUGGUUUUGUAGAUCAUAUAAAUACCACGAAAGAUUCAACUGAUUAUCUUUGGUAUACAACAAGUUUGUACGUUGAUGAAAAUGAAGAAUUCUUGAGCAAAGGAAGUCGUCCAAUACUUAUAGUAGAUUCAAAAGGGCAUGCUCUCCAUGCUUUUGUGAAUGGGGAACUUCAAGUCACUGCAUCUGGAACUGGCCUGGAUUCAACAUUCAAAUUUGAAAGUCCCAUUCCUCUAAAAGCAGGGAAGAAUGAGAUUGCACUUCUAAGCAUGACUGUUGGCUUACAAAAUGCAGGACCAUUUUAUGAAUGGGUAGGAGCAGGACUAACCAGUGUCAAAAUAGCAGGAUUCAACAAUGGAACCCUUGACUUGUCAUCUAGUAGAUGGAUCUACAAGAUUGGAUUGGAGGGCGAGCAUCUAAAUAUUUUCAAACCAAAUGGUUUGAAUAAUGUGAAGUGGGUAUCAACAUCAAAGCCUCCAAGCAAUCAACCUCUAACAUGGUACAAGGCUGUUCUUGAUGCUCCAUCUGGGAAUGAACCAGUUGGGUUAGACAUGAUACACAUGGGAAAAGGUCAAGCUUGGCUGAAUGGAGAACCAAUUGGAAGAUACUGGCCUAGGAGUAGCUCCAUACAUGACGAAUGCCCUCCCAAAUGCAAUUACAGAGGCAAGUUCAUGCCAAACAAGUGCAGCAGAGGGUGUGGAGAGCCUACUCAAAGAUGGUACCAUGUUCCACGAUCUUGGUUUCGACCAUCGGGAAAUAUUCUGGUGAUUUUUGAAGAGAAAGGUGGAGAGCCAACUAAGAUUUCUUUCUCUAGACGACUUGCAAAAGGUGCUUGUGGUCUUGUUUCAGAGGAUUAUCCUUCUAUAAAUGUUGAAUCUUGGGAUAACAUCAGUAAGUUCAAUGGGGAAGCCAAAGCAGCUCUCCAGUUGACGUGCCCAGAGAAUACUGUCAUUUCCAGCAUAAGAUUUGCAAGUUUUGGAACUCCUAGUGGGACAUGCGGAUCUUACCAGAAAGGAAAGUGCCAUGAUCCUAAUUCCAUUUCUAUGGUAAAUAAGGUAUGUCUGAACAAGAAAGGGUGCACCAUAGCAUUAUCAAAACAGAACUUCAAUACGGAUUUAUGUCCGGGCAUGAGCAAAGCACUUGCCGUUGAAGCAGCAUGUGGCUAAAGGAUGGUCGGCCCAAGAUUUUUCAGUUGCGGAAGCUGCUUGCACCAAUCAAGUGGCAUAUUUAAAUAUAGAUUAUUGAGUAUAGCAGGAAAUUCCUAUUGAUUUCAAGUAUCCAAAGGCCGCAUGAGGCGAAGCCUCCUACAGCCAGUUGAAUGUCAUGUUACUGUAACAAUUUCUCUUCCAAGCUGGUUGCUUGGAGUGGCUGAGUGUACCUUUUGUUUUCCAUUUCCAAGACCUAAUUAUCUUUUGUUGUGCCUA